UCAUGCCAAAUAUGCAUCAGGUCGCAAUCAGAAUGCGACGACUAGAAUGCAGUUAUUUCCAUGGGUUUAAAAUUUAUUUCCAAAAGAAUGAAAUUAUCGAAUCCUUGUAUGAAAAACUUCAGGAUGCAUGGGACGCCACGAGAGACAAUGUUGUGGUGGUGGUGGUUCUGGGGAUGGAAACAGGUUACUAACAAUUUCAAUUCUCUGAUCAUCUGGUUUCAUUCUUAUGCAGCUCCAGAUCUGGCCCAGAAAAAUUUGUACAUACUGCAAAAAUUACGAUUUCGAGAUUACGGCCCCCUUUAUCUUUAUCAAGAUGGCGAAGGAGGGAUAUAAAGGAGGGUGUUUAAAGUCCUGUUCUGAACAUGAAGACGACGUCGCUAUUACUAGCCCUCACUCUGGACAGAUUCUUAUUCCAGAUGUAAUUGCUCACCUCUGCAAAUUCCUUGUUAUCGAAACCAUAAAACAGUGUCGACUAGUCUGCAAAUCGUGGAAUUCUGGUGCUACCCCCGUUCUAAAGGCGAGGACACUUAUCCAUAUUCCAUUCGAUUCUGGAAAUAGUGAUGUCCGACGUCCCAAGAAGUGGAGAUGGGAUAAAGGAAUUUUAGAAAAACUUAGAUUCAAUGUUCAUCUGAUGAUUUCGACAUAUAAAUCCACACAACCACCCACGAAUCUCGAAACGUUUCCCUCGGUCAGAAAUGUAAAAUCAAUUUCUGUCCACUUUUAUUUACCAGAACAAUGGCAGAAGGACUUGUGUAACAAAAUCGUACAGACUUCGGCCACCACUCUGGAAGAAUUAAAGCUUAAAUUUCAUUACGAUCAAAAUUUUCCUUCAUUUUAUGGCACCGUUUUCCUAAAAUUCAAGAAACUAGUGACGGAUUGGGCUAAUUUUCAAUCUCAACCUCUCAUAUAUCCACCCCUCCUAGGAAUUAGUCAAGCUAUUACGGAAUCGUUCCCAGGUUUGCAAAGUUUGAGUAUUAACCAUGCCCAUUUGCGUGAAAUGGUAAAAGUGGAUAUAUUACAAAAGUUUCCACUGUAAGCUGUACAUUCGUGGUAGAAACGUUGGUAGAUUUGCGUGAACUAAUUCUUAAUUACUUUUCAGAUCGCUUAAUUCCUUGGAAUUGGAGGGAAAACUAAAGGUUGAUCAGUUAGAAAGGCUGCUCAAAAUUCCUUCUUCUAUGAAAAAGUUAGACUUUAGGUUGAUCUUUGGUAAUGGUGACAUUCGUGCACACGAGCUGCCAACCAUUCUUUACAAAUUUUUGAAGAAACAUUCCAUUACUCUGGAAAAACUUUGUAUUGGCAUGAGUGUGGUGUCAGAUGAUAAAGACAUUGAGUGGAAAUUUCCAGUAUUUCCAGUCAUGAAAAGGUUGGAAGUUACCUGGAUGAAAUGCAAUGUGUUUGAGGGUGGAUCAGGACGCUUAGGACUGAUUGGGUAUAAUGAAUGCUUCUCAGUCUUGGAAAUUUUGCGCGUUCACAAUUUCUAUGUCUCCACUGCUGCUGCAUUUCUUCUCCCAGAAAAUGUUCCCUGUCCCGUAGUUAUGAAAUCUGUGAGAAAAGUUGAUAUAAUUUUUAGGUGGUGUACAGAAACACAAGAAUCAGAUCAGGUUGCCCUUUACACGUGAUUGGUGUACAUUUUUCCCAGUGCCAGGAUAUCAAUAAACAAGUUGGACACUUCAAUAAUUAAAGAAUAAUGGUUAUGCAAUUUUUGAAAUUUAUUUAUCCGUAUUUUCAGAUAUGAAAUUAAUUAUAACUAAUAUAUAUAUGAGUACAUAAUUGUUAUGAUCGCAUUCAUAAUUUAGUAAAUUUCCUACGCAAUAAUGUAGACGUUGAUAAUAAAGCAAAGUAUUUC